AUGUUAUAUAAAUAUGAAACAAAAAGUAAUAGAGUAAAAGGACUUAGUUUCCAUCCAACACGUCCAUGGAUUCUUGCAAGUCUUCACUCUGGUGCUAUUCAUCUCUAUGACUAUCGUAUUAAAACACUUUUGGAAAAGUUUGAAGAACAUGAUGGUCCUGUUAGAGGUGUAAAUUUCCAUAUGACUCAACCAUUGUUUGUUUCCGGUGGUGAUGACUAUAAGAUUAAAGUUUGGAAUUAUAAACAAAGACGUUGUUUGUUCACAUUGAAGGGACACAAGGAUUAUAUUAGAACUGUGGAGUUCCAUCGCGAGGCACCUUGGAUCCUCUCGGCAUCGGACGACCAAGUCAUUCGUAUUUGGAACUGGCAAUCGCGUACCUGCAUCGCCGAGUUGAAUGGCCACAAUCAUUAUGUGAUGUGCGCCAGUUUCCAUCCAAAGGACGACCUGAUCGUUUCCGCAUCGCUCGAUCAGACCAUCAGAAUCUGGGAUAUCUCUGGUCUCAAGAAGAAGACUACCACCAUCAAGCCAUACCCACAGAACGACACCAUGCGUCUUCAAGAGGAGAUCUUUGGUACCGACGUCGUCGUGAAGUUGUCGCUCGAGGGACACGACCGUGGUGUCAACUGGGCCGCUUUCCAUCCCACUCAACCAUACAUCGUUUCGGCAUCGGACGACCACCAAGUCAAGCUCUGGAAGAUGAACGACAACGUCGACUCGUUCCGUGGUCAUUUCAACAAUGUUUCGUGUGCUCUGUUCCACCCACGUCAAGACCUGAUCAUCUCUGACUCUGAGGACAAGACAAUCCGUGUCUGGGACAUGGCCAAGAAGACAACCAUCCAGACGAUCCGUCGUGAACACGAUCGUUUCUGGACGCUUGCAAGUCAUCCCAACGCCAAUUUGUUUGCCGCCGGUCACGAUUCCGGUAUGAUCGUCUUCAAGUUGGAGCGUGAACGUCCAACCUUUGUAUUGAACGGAACCGACGGUAUCUUCUACCUCAAGAAGAAACACUUCAACUCCUACGACUUUUCCACUGGUCGUUCCGUUGUUUUGUUCAACAUCUCCAAGAUUCCAUCGAACAAUGGAACCACUGUGAUGAGCUACAACGCUGCCGAGCGUUCUGUCUUGGUGUCGUCGGAUGCCGACGCCGGAACCUACCACCUCUAUCGUAUUCCAACACGUGACACCAACCAAGUAGACACCAAGAAGGGAACUGGUGCCGCUGCCAUCUUUGUCGGAUCGAACCGUUUCGCUGUGCUCGACAAGGGUAACAACAUUGUCAUCAAGGAUCUCAACAACGAGGAAGUCAAGAGAUUCCAACCGGCUCAGACAGUGGAAUGGCUCUUCCCAGCACCCGUUGGACACAUCCUUGUGAUGACCGACGAGAAAAUGAUUCUCUAUGACAUCCAACAGAAGAAUCCAGUCGCCGAGAUUGCAGUUCCAUCGAUCCGUUACGUUGUUUGGUCAAAGGAUUUCAGCUAUGUCGCUAUGAUGGGUCGUGACUCUAUCAUUCUCGCCAACCGUCGUCUCGAACAGAUCUGUGUCGUCGGUGAGAGUGUACUUCCAAAGUCUGGUGUCUGGGACGAACACGGUGUCUUUAUCUACACCACCUCCAACCACUUGAAAUACUUGUUGCCAAACGGUGACAAUGGAACCAUCAAGACAAUGGACAGCACCAUGUACUUGACCGGUGUCAAGGGUAGCAAAGUAUUUGCCAUCGAUCGUGAAUUCAAGAAGCGUGUCAUUGAGAUUGACAAUACAGAAUACAUACUCAAGUUGUCACUGCUCCAGAAGCGUUAUGGUGACGUCAUCAAGAUUCUCAGAGAGUCGCGAUUGGUCGGUCGUUCCAUCAUUGGUUAUCUCCAACGUAAGGGCUAUCCAGAUGUUGUUCAUUUCGUAAAGGACGAUCGUACUCGUUUCAAUCUGGCGUUGGAAUGUGGAAAUAUCGACAUUGCGCUGCAGUCGGCCAAGAUUCUCGACGACAAGGAAUGUUGGACUCGUCUCGGUGUCGAAGCACUCCGUCAAGGAAAUCAACAGAUCGUCGAAAUGGCAUACAGUAGAACCGGUGAUUUCGAUCGUCUUUCAUUCCUCCAUCUCCUCACCGGUAAUCUUACCACCCUCAAAAAGAUGAUAAACUAUGACAACACCGAUAUCAUGUCAAAGUUCCAGUACUCUUUGUAUUUGGGUGAUGUUGAGGAGCGUGUAAAACUACUCCAUGAAGCUGGUCUGAAUCAUUUGGCAUAUAUUACCGCUGCCACCAACAACCUAAAGGAAAAAGCAGAGCAAAUCGCUUCACAUAUCACUGCUGACGGCAAGGGCCAAUUGCCAGCACUCCCCAAACACGUCACCCCACUGCUCCCACCCAAGCCAGUCUACCAAGCACCGGAAAUCAAUUGGCCACUCUUGAAUAUUGCCAAGACAUCGAUCGAUAUGAACAACGGAGAGGUCGGUAAGUUUGGAUUGGAAGAACAGGUUGGAUCCGGUGGUGGAUCCACUCCGAUUGGCGGAGGUGGUUGGGAUGAUGACAUCAUGGAUGAAGAUGAAAAUGCCAACAACAACAAUAGCAAUAACAAUAGAGAAGAAGGUGGUGGAUGGGAUGAUGAUCUCGAUAUCGAAACCACUGGCGAAGGUUGGGGUGGUGACGACGUCAAGAUUGCAGCUUCGAAUCAAGAUAAUUUCUUUGUCGCUCCACAACCAGGACCAUCGUUUGCACAAAUCUGGACAAGAAAUUCAAAUUUCGCAGUCGAUCAUGUUGCAGCCGGCUCUUUUGAGACUGCAAUGAAUAUCUUUAAUCAACAGGUCGGUAUCGUCAACUUUGAACCACUUCGUCAGUUGUUCUUGUCCAUUCAUAUGGGUGCUCGUUUGUCGCUCGGUGGUAUCGCUUCGACUUCGUCACUCAUCGAACCAGUCCAGCGUAAGCACGGACAACCAUUCAUUUCCUACGGCAUCAACUAUCUUUUGGAUCGUCUCAAAACUCAAGCAUAUCCCGCUUUCACAAUUGGAAAACUUCCAGAGGCACAGGAGCAUUUCUCCAAUAUUUUACAGUGCUGUUUGGUGAGCACAGUUGAAUCGCGUCAGGAAUUCAACGAAGUUCGUGAGCUCAUUGGAAUCUGUCGUGAAUAUAUUGCCGGUAUCCGUUUGGAGACCGAACGUAGAACUCUCAACGACGACCCCAAGCGACAAGCAGAGUUGGCAGCGUAUUUCACUCACUGCACACUGCAAUCCUCACAUAUUUUGUUGACUAUCCGUGCCGCCAUGAAUUGUUGUUACCGUGCCAAAUACUUUGCUGCUGCGGCUUCGUUUGCCAAGCGUCUUUUGGAUUUGUCACCACCUCAAGAACUUGCAGUGCAAGCACGUAAAGUUAUCACAGCCUCACAACAGAGUCCAGCUGCACCCGAUUCCAACUUGAACUACGACGAGCGUAAUCCAUUCGUUGUUUGUGGUGAGACUAUGACACCAAUCUAUAGAGGUUCGCCAUCUGUCAAAUGUCCACUUUGCAUGUCUUCCUACCUGCCAAAUCUCAAGGGACAAGUUUGCAAAGUUUGUAAUUUAGCUGAAAUUGGAAAGGAAGCAUCUGGAUUACAACUCGUAAUGAGAUCAUAA